AUGUUUGAUUUCACGUUAUCAGUGCAAAACUGUUUUACAACGGAUACUUACGAUUCAGGCGUGGGAUUUUGUGGAUGGAUCGUAAUUAUGUUCACCUGGAUUGUACUCCUUUCCACAUUUCCUAUAUCAGUUUGUUUCUGUCUUAAGAUUGUACAAGAAUAUGAACGAGCAGUGAUAUUUCGAUUAGGAAGGUUAAUCGGAGGAGGUGCGAAAGGUCCAGGAAUAUUCUUCGUAUUACCAUGUAUAGAGUCAUAUGCUAAAGUAGAUUUACGCACUGUGUCUUUCAAUGUUCCACCCCAGGAGAUUUUAACAAAAGAUUCAGUAACAGUAAGUGUAGAUGCUGUGGUAUACUAUCGAGUUUGUAAUGCUAUCAUUUCCGUGGCAAACGUGGAAAAUGCUCAUCAUUCUACGAGGUUACUAGCGCAAACAACUCUGCGUAAUAUGCUGGGAACAAAAAAUCUCUCUGAGAUUUUGUCUGAUCGAGAUGCAAUCGCAUUUUCUAUGCAGAUACUUCUGGAUGAUGUUACAGAGAGUUGGGGGAUUAAGGUCGAACGAGUGGAAAUCAAAGAUGUAAGGCUUCCAGUGCAAUUACAGCGUGCAAUGGCUGCAGAAGCUGAAGCAACCCGCGAAGCAAGGGCAAAGGUAAUUGCAGCAGAAGGUGAACAAUUAGCAUCACAUUCUCUCUAUGAAGCCGCUUUUACAAUAUCAGAUUCACCAGCAGCAUUGCAACUUCGAUAUCUGCAAACGCUAAGCAGCGUUGCAGCUGAGAAGAAUUCAACUAUCAUUUUCCCAUUUCCCGUGGAACUUGUUCGACGUUUUAUUGGGCAACUCAAUGUAAAAUCUGCUGGGUGA